GAGGGCGCAUGACGGCCACGGCGGCACUUCCUCUACCCGGAGGAGGGCACAGAGGGAGGCGACGCGAUGUGACCUCCCGCGCAUGCCGUCCACGAGUGUGUGCAUGUCUUCUGGCCUGCGCCAUUUACAUCGCGAGCCGUCAACCGGGGUAUCAGCUUGCGAUCGCGGCCGAGCUACAGCGCAUGAGGGAUGGACUGAGUGAUGUACAAUCCUCCCUGCGACAGCAUCAAACGGCGGUGGAGACGACGGCCAGAGAAUCUGUGGCGGCGGCGUCAGAGCUGGCACGUUUGAUGACUUCAAAUGUGCAAACGCGAAGCUGGCAGCUGGCAGCAGCGGCUCUUCUCCUCCUCGCCUGCGCCAUCGUCGCUCUCUGUGUCUGCGCCACACGUCAGCCCUCGAUGCGAGUGCAGCUUGUGACGCUCCAGGCCCGCGAGGACACAACCUUUAAACAACUGCGGGCGCUUCGGCGUGAGAUCUCACGCAUGCGAGAGGCUGUCGCCACCAAGGAAGCCAGGGCAGCAGCGAGGGCUGCGGCACGGGUUGAGGCCGCUAAUCGCCGCGCCUUGGCAAGGCGACAGUUGUGGGAGCGGCUGUGUCGAUGCUGGACGUGGACAAAGGCUCCGGUUGUUGCCCACACUCCGUUGGCAGCCACCGAGCGUGCAGUGCCUGCUCCGAGCCGCCUCCUGGUAGUCAGGGCGGCCGGGCCUGAAGCUCCGUUGCGGGAGGACCAGGACGCCGAGGGGCGAGCGAUCCACGAUUUGCUGUCUGCGGGCAAGCUGCUUGUGUUUACUCUCGAUGCCAACGCCGCCGCCGGUGGUGGUGGUGGUGGCGGUGGCGGCGGCAGCAGCGACGUCUUCUCGUACCGCGUCCUCGAGCCGCGUAGCGCCCCGCCGGAAUGUGAUGGCGACGAGGCCAACACCGCGUCAUCGGGCAGCCUUCAAGAAGCGUACCAGCGGUGGCGCUCUCGCUAUUCGCUAGCCACGGGCGCCGAGGCGUGGGCGGACGGGCUGUGUAGCCUGCAGGACGCCCAGCUCGAGAGGUUCCUCGACGCUCUCCUGUUGCUCGACCUCGACCACGCCGAUGGCGCGGUCGUCGCCCUCUUGCGGCUGCACGACCUCCCAAACGAGUACGCGAUGCCGCUUCGCUUUGGCGACCUCCUCAUAGCCUGGUCUCCACAGCGCGAUGCCGGCUUCCUCAGCCUCAGCCACCGCGCGACGUGCAACGCACAGUCGGUCACAGCCCUUCACCGCUGGUGCUCCCUUCACGCUGCCACUGCACAGUUCACGCUGAUCCGCGACGCCGCUAGCAGCAGCCAGAGCGUGAACGCUGAGCUCGAGUUCAACACGGUAUACCGCAAACUCUUCCAGGUGUCGCGCAUAGCGCCGGGGCGACACAAGGGAGGGCUGCCGUCCUCGCCGCCGCGGAGCAUCCAGGCAAUGGGCGGCGGGCGGGGCUCGUACCACGCUCUGCUCUGAAGAGAUCGUCAGUAGACUGUUUUGUAUGGAGAGGAUGUUGAUUGUGUUGAUUGUGUAUGUGUGUAUAGAGGCUUGAAAAGCCGUACGUAGCCGUCGAAUGGAUUGUGAGC